CAGAAAAAAUACUAAUAGUCAUUGUCCUUCAGAAUUUAUUAAUAACAUAAAGUUUGAAGGGUUAUAGAUUCCUCCACCCACCUACCACCGAAGAACGGAUAUUACAAGAGAGAUAGAUGUUUUGCUUCCUCUAAUCUGGCGAAUCAUUCGUUCUAGCAAAUUUUGCCGAAAACUCCAAAACCCCCCCUUUUAGAAAACUCGAUUAACAACAAUCUCAAUCUUCUACAGCUUAUCCUCUCUCUCUCUCUUCUUCGCUUCCCCCAACAGCAAUUUCAUUCAAAACUCUCUCUCAGGUGAUUAAGAGAAUCAGAGUUUGCUUAUCCAUAUAACAGAUCAUUUGAACAGAAGAGGGAGGGUACUGGUUUGCGGAGGCAAUUGGACUUCUGCGAGCUUAGAAUCCUCUCUCCUUUAUUUAUUAAUGAAAUCAUAGUCAUUAGUCUUGGCUAGUGCUGUUGGGGACUCUUUUUCACAAAGCGUGCUUGUAGCAGUAUCCAUGUUUUGGUGAUCUUUGAGUUGAGAAGAGAGAAAAAUUUAAGUUGAAAGAGAGAGGGAUAUUGAAGCUAAAACAAUGGGUGCUGUUUGUUGCUGUUUCAAUGUUGAUGAUUUUGAAGAUUUUAUGAAUCCAAAUAGUUCUGUAUAUAGGAACUGUAUGUGUCUCAGUUGCUUUGUACAGAACUUUUUCACUAUGUAUGAAUCAAUAUUCCGUAGAGGGGAAGUGCAUGCGAUUCCUUCAUCUAUACAGGGCGCAGCAUCUAUGACUUCUACAGCUUCACUUGAUAAUUCUCUAUCUGACAUGUACCGUUCUCCUCCAAGGCCCCUGCCUUAUGAUGCAGACAGGUUUUUCCGUUCACAGCGUGAUGGACUAGUGUCAAGACGUGAGAAGGGUUCAAGUCAUUUGAAUGAAGAGUCAGAACCUCUAAGAGGUGAUGUAGAUGCUGACUCAGAAUCUUUAAAUUCUGCUGGUAAAUGGAAUGAUACCAGUGAAGAUGGAUCAAAGGAAUACCGUUCUAAGUCCACUGUAAGGCUCUCAUCAGCAAAACUUACAACUGGAGCUGGGGUUGUCUAUUCAUCAUCAGAAGAGGAGGAUGUCUGUCCAACUUGUCUUGAAGAAUACACUGAAGAGAAUCCGAAGAUAGUGACAAAAUGCUCUCAUCAUUUUCAUCUUUGUUGUAUUUAUGAGUGGAUGGAAAGAAGUGACAACUGUCCCGUUUGUGGGAAGGUGAUGGUAUUUGAUGAAACGACUGAUUGAAAAUGUUUAUGUCGUGGAUGAUACCAACAACAGAGGAAAGCAAAUAUAAAAUAUAGACAUUGUGAAUACAUCAGAUUAAGCGCUUAUCAUGUAUAGGAAGUAUAUAACACUUUUAUUAACCAUCACUGUAAGUUCAAUCUCAUCCAAGUUGUUUCUAUAUUUAUACUUUUCUCCCUUGCCAAAACUGCCAACAUUAAAAGAAAAUGCCAUUUUAGAUGGGAACUUUGUCAUGGUUUCAACAGUUUGCCAUUUAAUAGAAUGAUUUCCUCCUCUCUUUUUCUUUUUA